UUGCCUAUGCUCUUGACUUUAGUCAGAACGAGAGUUCUGAAAUGUAGUGAGGGAGGGGGGAGCGAGGAGGGAGGGGGCGUGGCCACGGUCUCCUAGCAACCGUGUGUUGUUGCUGCUGCUGCCGCCGAAGCCUAUGCUCCCGGUUGAAAAAGGAAGCCACUAAUUCGGCCUAGGCAGGCAUUUCCCCGCGCUUUCCGAGAACCAGUGAAGCCACGGCGAUGCAUAAGAUGGACUGCAACCGCCAAGACCUGGCGGAAGCCAUGAGGCUCCAGAGGCGACGCUGCGAGGAGCUGCAGAGGCAAGGGCGGCUGUUCGACGCCCGGGCCAGGAUCAUCGGGAUUGACACAGAAGCUUUGGAUGCUCAAAUCAAAGACAGAAGGAUCCGAGAAGCGACCCAGAAGGCCUGUGAUGCAGCAAUUGCUUCAGAAAUGAAACAGAAUGACAAGAUCCUCUGCAUUCUUGAUGAACGACAGAAAAGAGACGCUCAAAUCCUAAAUAAAGCUCUCAAUGAAUUUCGUCAGAAAUAUCAACACCCUGAAACACGACGUGAAUUUGACUUGACUGGCCCCCAAGUCCUAAAGAAAGAUACUCCUGCUCGUCUUGCUGACAGUGACCCUCGAUGUACCAUCUCUGGCUUGCAGAAGUUUAUGGGAGAAGACUUAAACAGUGAGAAAAGAUGGAAAUUUCAACAGGAACAAACAAGAGAAUGGCUUUUGGAACAACACAAAGACUGGCAAAAUGCACUGGCAGAUAAAAAGUAUGCUGAUGAUCUCCAUGACCAGCACAGACUGGAACUUGACAAGAAAAUUCUGAACCUACAAAGAAUAGAUGGAGAAACUAGACGGGCAAUUUGUGUUGCUAACUGUGAUUUCAAUAAAGCUCUGGCUGCUGAAUCUAAAGAUAAAAGACUUCUUGAAAAGCAGCAAGAACAAGAAGCUAACGUCGCUGAGAUUGCAAACCUACUUAAAGGGGACUUCUUGUCUGAAAACCCAGAGCAAGCCAUUAGCUCUUUUGGUCCAGGGCGCGUGAUUGUUGACCGAUGGAAAGGGAUGAAUCAAGAUCAGCUGAAAGAAAUACGCGAUAUUCAGAUGCAACAAGUGCUGGAAAAACUGAGGUUGGAAGAAGAAGAACGUCAAAGAACUGCAGAAUGGGGCAGAAAACGUAUUCAGGAAGCGAGGGCAGAAGUACUUUUUGAACGUCAUCAGCAGCGUCAGAAUCGAGAAAUUCGGAGAGCAUUAGAUAAUUCUAAUAUGCAGCUCUCCCAGGAGCAGAAAGCUAGGCAGAGACACCUUCUUGAGAAAGUAUAUACAAAUUUUCCUUCUGGCCAGUAUUACACCCAGUUUAACACCACUAGUCGGUGAUGUUGGAGCAAAUAUUCACUUUCAUACCGAGGAGGUUUGUUUGUAGAAAUGUGUUUUAGCUUUCUCCAGAUAUCUAAUGAAGAAAUACAGUCCUUUUUGACAUAUAAAAGUAAUGAAAAUCA